AAGCAUAUUUCUCCAUGCAACUAGGGCUCAGCCAAAAUAAGCCAUUAGUACUAUAGCCAAUGGGAAGAGCUCCUUGUUGUGAAAAAGUUGGGUUGAAGAAAGGAAGAUGGACUGCUGAAGAAGAUAAAAUCUUGACUGAUUACAUCAAAGAAAAUGGUGAAGGAUCUUGGAGGUUUUUGCCUAAGAAAGCAGGUUUGUUAAGGUGUGGGAAGAGUUGUAGACUAAGAUGGAUCAACUAUUUGAGAGCAGAUGUGAAGAGAGGAAACAUAUCCCCUCAUGAGGAAGAAAUCAUUGUCAAGUUGCAUGCUGUUCUUGGAAAUAGGUGGUCGGUGAUAGCAUCACAUUUACCAGGACGAACAGAUAAUGAGAUAAAGAACUAUUGGAACUCUCAUUUAAGAAGGAAAAUUUACUGCUUCAUGAGAUCCAUUAACGAGUCUCCACCACCUCUUGACAUGGCAUCUACAUCCAAAACAAUUAAUCAAGGGAAAAUAAAUAAUCCAAGCAUAGAAGAAGACAAUGGCAUGUCUUUGAUUCAAAAUUCCCUUGAACCAAUGCCUAAAGAAAAAACAACUUCGCAAUACUAUAAUGUACAAGGAGUUGAAGAUAUUUCAUCUGAGAAUAGUAUUUAUGAAAUGAAGGGUAACAUAAAUAAUACAGUUGCAUCAUACCCUAGCAAAAAUGAAUUGAAUAUUGAUGAGGGUUUGGGACCAUAUAAAUGGCUAGAUGAUGAAAUUAUGAAACUUCGUAACAUGUUUUUAAAUGGGAUAGGAAAUUAUAAUUAUGUAACAAUGCAUGAGAAUGAUGAGAAGGGUAAAUAUGAGUGUGACUCUAGAAAGAUGCAUGUGGAGAUAAUGGAAACAAAUAAGGAAAUGAAAAGUGAAAUUUGUGGCUCAUCAUAUAAUGGUGAAAGUGGAGAAGGGUACAUUUCUAAUGCAUCAGUAAAUUCUGCCACAGAUUAUGAUCAAUUGUCUGAUUGGGACUUUUGUCAAGAAGACCAAAUGAAGACUUGCUUGUGGGGUCCAGGCAUUGGUGAAAUCAUGAAUGGUUUUUAUCAGUAAUUAAUUUAGUUGUUUGAAUUGCUGGAAAUUUAAUUGUUUGUAUGUGUGAAUGUGUUGUAUUGUAUGAUUUUAUUUCCUUGCAUCUUGGAAA